GAGCAAUGAACUUCCAGUAAGGACAGAUAGGGAAUUCCCACCCAUAGAUUUCCUUUUCAGUUUCUUCUUUUGAGAGGUUUGAAUUGGUUAUAAAUACCCUCUCUGAGUCUGAGAGCACACAAGAGAAGUUCCAUCUCCUUUGGCAUUGCCUUUCUGCAGUGCUCUGUGUCAGGACUGGGCCAGGAACCAUGAGGCUCUGUGUGUGCCUAGUGUUGCUCUCUUUUAUCGCAUGUGCAAGUGCGGACUUCCGUUUUGUCUGGGAUGCCCUGGGAGGGGCACGGGAUAUGUAUAGAGCAUACCGGGACAUGCGCGAGGCAAAUUACAUAGGUGCUGACAAAUAUUUCCAUGCUCGUGGGAAUUACGAUGCUGCCCGAAGAGGACCCGGUGGUGCUUGGGCAGCCGAAGUGAUCAGUGACCUCCGGGAAAAAUGGCAAAGCGACGUGAGCGGCAGGGGCGCAGAGGACAGCCAAGCGGACCAAGAGGCCAACAGGUGGGGCAGGAACGGCGGCGACCCCAACCGCUACAGGCCCGCCGGCCUCCCCAGCAAAUACUAACGCGGACCCCGGGAGGCCGCCGCUGCUCCCGUUACACCUCUCUGUGUAAUAAAGAACUUGUGCAAACC